CCAUGCAGAUAACCCACAGCCUAUCCGCACUUCUGGUCGUCUUUCUGGCGAUUUUGGGCCACUGCGAGUCGCGGAGGAGCGCCUACCGCCUUCCUAAGGCUCAGGGACGCAGUGCCGCCGGCACUCCCUCGCCACAGGAUGUGGGCUCUGGCCGGGAUCUGAUGAAGAAGUUCAUGCUGAUGCGGGGCCUCUUCCAGCAGCCGCCCAGUGACAAUGUGAUCGUGAUCACACAGCCCUCGACCACGACGACGACGACCACACCCACUGGUUCGCCCACCACAACGACCUCGACGACGACCACAACCACCCCGACGACCAAUAGUACGGGUCGAUCGUUCCGCGAAAAUAUCCCUCAAAUGGAGCCACAGGUCAUCGAAGACGAUGAUGAGGAGGGGCAGGAUUUACCUGUGACCAUGACCAUGACUGGUCGAGCUCUCGAGGACCGCCUCGAUCUGCCAGAGGUGCAGGGGGAGGAGGAGGAGGAGCAGAAGCCCCAGUGGCCCAAGAAAUUCCGCCUGAAGGCCGCACUCAGUGGAAAGCGGAACCUGGUGAAGAAGACCCAUCGACGGGUGCACAAGCAUCCGCAGAAGAAGAAGCGCCAGCAGAAGCGGAAGGUCAACAAGAAGCAGAAAAAGGUCAACAGCCAGCAGCGCAACUCGGAGUCCGCCGCGGUCAGCUUUAUCGAGCCCUAUCACCACGAUGGCCAGCCGAAUGGUCCACCUGGCCAGUCCGCCUCCGACUCGCGAUUGCAGCGCAUCUGGCGACGCUUCCAGAUCGCCAACUAA